AUGAAUAACUCAGAGAACCAGUACGACGGCCUUCAAGUGGUCCCCAACAACAACAUGCCAGACAAGCAGGCCUACGGUGUAUAUCCCCAAUCAUCCUACCAGGGAACGACUGUGACGUCCAGUUACAUUGGAGAGGAUGCGGCGCCAAACCCCGAGAAACGCAUAGCGGGCAUGCGGAGGUCGACACUCGUCCUCACAUCCACAGUCGUGCUCCUUCUUAUCGCCAUUGCGUUAAUCGGAGGACUGUUCGGGUCGAAGAUUGGCUCUCUGGAGGACAAGUUUAAGCAGGUUCAAACUCCCACGCCAACCACUGGUGGAGGCACAGGCACAGGAACCAUCCCAAAUCUCGAGGCCACAGUCACGGACAUCGCCGUCGACGGCUACCAAUACCUCGGCUGCUUCGAGGACGCCUCCGACCGUACCCUCUCCAACACCAGCUUCGACCGCGACACCAUGACCAACUCCCAAUGUGCCAUCUCCUGCUCGCGCUUCAGGUACUUCGGCACCGAGUUCGGCUCCCAAUGCUACUGCGGCGACCAGCUCACCCGUACAAAGGCCGUGGCGCCGUGGCAUUGCGCCGAUCACUGCUCGGGUGCGGAGGCAGGCGCGGAGAAUUGUGGUGGUUUCUUCUAUCUUAGCUUGUGGCAGAAAAGUUCAUAG